UUGGUUGUUGGUGAUUUUGAUUCUUCUGAUACUGGUCGUGAUGUCAUUGUUAAAUCUGCAACUGGCCAACUUCAAAGAAUAUAUGAGACACAUGCUUUAUACUAGCCAUUGCAAUAUCCCUUGCUUUUUCCUUACGGGGAAGAUGGUUAUCAAUUGGGUAUUCCUUAUCGAGAUAUUCAAGAUAUAAAUGUUGCAGGGAGAAGGACUAGAGUAUCCAUGCGAGAAUUUAUCUGUUUUCGUUUGCAAAUGAGAGAGGAUGAGGAUAGCAUUAUUCAUAAGUCUAGAAGAUUGUUCCAACAGUUUGUUGUUGAUUCAUUCUCUAUGAUUGAGUCACAGAGGCUUUAUGAAAUCAGGAAAAAACAGAGCACAAUUAGAGGAGAAGUCUUACAAGGUAUUGAAGAAGCUAUGCGACGCGGUGAUACUGAAGCAUCAUCAAUUGGUACUCGAGUGAUUUUGCCUUCUUCCUUCACUGGUGGUAAACGUUACAUGUUUAAUAAUUGCCAAGAUGCUAUGGCUAUUUGUAAGCAUUUUGGGUAUCCAGAUCUAUUUCUUACCCUUACUUGCAAUCCUAACUGGCCUGAGUUUCAAAGAUAUACUAAUCGUGAUCAAGUUCCAAUUGCUGAUCGGCCAGACAUUGCUUGCCGAGUCUUUCAUGCUAAGAUGAAGUGUCUUCUUAAUGAUCUUAAGAAUGAUGUUUUUUUUGGUCCUCUUAAUGCAGGUAUGUAUACAAUUGAGUUUCAAAAAAGAGGUUUGCCACAUGCACAUAUUCUACUUUGGCUUGAUGGAAGGAAUAGAUUGCAGAAUAUUGAAAUUGUUGAUGAGUUGAUUUGUGCGGAACUUCCUAAUCCUAUGAAGUUUCCACAUUUGUAUAGUGUGGUUAGUAAAUACAUGAUUCAUGGCCCUUGUGGUAGGGUAAGACCAACUUCUCCAUGCAUGAAAGAUGGAAGAUGCUCCAAGUUUUAUCCGAAGCAGUUUGUUAAUUAUACGAGUUUUGAUGAAGAUGGUUAUCCUAUUUACAAGCGUCGAGAUAUUGGUGUUACAGUUAAAAGUCAUGGUGUUGAUCUUGAUAAUAGAUUUGUUGUUCCAUAUAAUCCAUUAUUGUUGAUGAAGUACCAGGCUCAUAUUAAUUUGGAAUUUUGCAACAAGUCAAAUGUUAUAAAGUAUCUUUUCAAGUACAUUAACAAGGGUCCAGAUCGUGUAACUGCAACUAUUAGUCAUUCAACUGAGACAACUCAUUCUUUUGAAGUGGUUGAUGAGUUCCCAAGUAAAUUCGUUUAUGAUUUACAAUCUCGACAGUGGAAACCAAGAAGAAGGGGAUUUUCUAUAGGAAGAUUAAGUUUUGUUCAUCCUUCAACUGGAAUAACAAUGACUGACGAAGAGUUACAAACAUUUUGUCUAAUAGAGAUAGAGAAAUUGCUACAGGCCAAUGGAAAAUCAUUAAGAGAUUUUGCUGGUAUGCCGCUUCCUAAUGUUAAUUUGGUCUCACAAUUUAGUAAUUCUUUGGUGUUGCGUGAAUUAGAAUAUGACAUUUCUGUGAUGCUUGAAGAACACGAUUCAAAUUUUCCAAAGUUGAAUGAAGAACAGAAGUCAAUCUAUGAUAGGAUUAUACAUUGUGUUACUAACAAGGAACACGGGUUGUUUUUCAUUUAUGGGUUUGGUAGGACUGGAAAAACUUUUUUGUAUAGACUCUUAUCUGCCAAAUUGCGUUCUCAAAGAAGAAUUGUUAUUAAUGUUGCUUCAAGUGGAAUUGCUUCAUUAUUGUUACCUGGUGGUAAGACAGCUCAUUCUAUGUUUGGUAUCCCAAUUGAAUUGAAUGAAGAUACUAUUUGUAGAAUUCCGAAAGAUAGUCCUAAGGCUGAUUUAAUUCGACUUGCUGAGCUAAUUAUUUGGGAUGAAGCUCCAAUGACUAACAAGUUGGCAUUUGAAGCUUUAGACAGAAGUUUUCGAGACAUAAUGACGUCGAUUUCAGUGUCUUACAAAGAUCUACCUUUUGGAGGAAAAAUCAUUGUUCUUGGAGGUGAUUUUUGA